CGCAGAGCCACCAUCAUGGCGUUCUCCUCACGCUUUUCAUUCUGGGAGCAAAAGGUUAAAGACGAGACCAAGCCGGGCUCCAAAAGUUCCAACUCUGACAGCGACGGCGGCAUGAGCAGCCCGUCUCAGUCUGUCCGGAGUCUUGGUCCGGACGCCCCCCGCUCCGACAGCCCGAAGGCGGCUCCCGGGACGCGUAGGGAGCGCGUGCAGAGCCCGUCCCCGCCCAGGGCGAGGGCGUCCCUCAAGAGCCCGGAACCCGCCAGGCAGCCGGCGGGCAGAGGGGGCGAGAGCAACGGCGCGCUCAACGGCGCGGAGAGGGCGGCGGCGGCGGCGCCCGCGGGCGAGGACCAGGGCCUGAGUCGCAAGAAGGUGGUGAAGGUGGUGCGGCGGGUGGCCCGCAGGCUGAUGCCCGGGGAGGAGGAGCCCGCUCCGCCCGCCCUGCCCGUCUCCGUGCCCAAGGCGCCCCGGGCUCCGGCGCUCUCCUUCAAGCACGACGCCGUCAGGAGGGAGGAGAAGGACGACAUCUCCGCCGGCCUGGCCAGCCUGAUGGGCCGCGGGAGGACCAAGGAGCACCGGGCGCGCCUCCGCGGCCCCGACCGCAAGCCCGAGCCCCCCGAGCGGAGGGGCCAGGAGGAGGAGGAGGAGGAGAAGGAGGCGGACGGGGAGAAGAGGGAAAAGGAGGAGGACCAGAGGGAGGUGGAGCUGAAGCUGGAGGAGGAAGCCAAGGAAGCUCCAGCUUCCUCUUCUGGGAAGGAGGACACGUCCCCGGUCUCGCCGCCUUCGCCCAAAUUAGAUCCCCUCUCCCCUCCCCCCGGAUUCAUCCCCGCCCCCAGGCCCUCGCUUUUAUCCCCCCCGGUUGGAUUUAUCCCAGCUUUCAAGCCGUCCCCUCUGUCGCCCCCUGCUGGAUUUAUACCUGCUCCGAAACCAUCACCUCUAUCGCCCCCUGUUGGAUUCAUACCUGCUCCAAAAUCAUCACCUCUGUCGCCCCCUGCUGGAUUCAUCCCCCCGCCUAAGCAGUCUCCUUUGUCGCCGCCCCCCGGAUUCAUCCCUGCUCCCAAAUCCAACCCCCUGUCGCCGCCCCCUGGAUUCAUCCCAGCCCCCAAAUUUUCCGUGAGAAAGCCUGAGGUGAAGGGAGCGUCGCGUGUUUCCUCUGUUCCGGCCGAGAAGCCCUCUCCUGGGAGCGCCCAGCAGGUGGCGCCGCUGUCCCACACAGAGGAGGCUCAGAGGCGGCUGGAGAGGAUCUUCGGCGUGCCCCUGGAGCCGGAGGCCAGCGCCACAGCCUCCGCACAGGGGCAGGUGGAUGAGGACCCCGUGGCUCUUCUGCAGGCUGCCCACGCGGCCUCCGCCCAACUCAAGGUGAAGACGGAGGAGCAGAUCGCGGCCGAGCAGGCGUGGUACGGCACGGAGAAAGUGUGGCUGGUCCACAAGGAGGGCUUCUCCCUGGCGACGCUGAUCAAGACGGAGGCGGGCAGCCUGCCGGAGGGGAAGGUGAAGAUUCGGCUGGAGCACGACGGGACGCUGCUGGACGUGGACGAGGAGGACGUGGAGAAGGCGAACCCGCCGUCGUACGACCGCGUGGAGGACCUGGCGUCCCUGCUCUACCUGAACGAGUCCAGCGCCAUCCACACCCUGCGGCAGCGCUACGGGGGCAACCUCAUCCACACGCAGGCGGGGCUCAACAUGGUCAUCAUCAACCCCCUCAGCGCGCCCUCCAUGUACUCCGAAAAGGUGAUGCACAUGUUUAAGGGCUGCCGGAGGGAGGACUCGGCGCCGCACGUCUACGGCGUGGCGCAGGCGGCGUACCGCAGCCUGCUCACCACGCGCCAGGACCAGUCCGUGGUGCUGCUGGGCCGCAGCGGCAGCGGCAAGACCUCCAACGCCCAGCACCUGGUGCAGUACCUGCUGUCCAUCGCCGGCAGCUCCGGGAAGAUCUUCUCCGUGGAGAAGUGGCAGGCCGUCUACACCAUCCUGGAGGCCUUCGGGAACAGCGCCACCCCCAUGAACGGGAACGCCAGCCGCUUCUCCCAGAUCGUCUCGCUGGACUUUGACCAGGCCGGCCAGGUGGCGUCUGCCUCCAUUCAGACGAUGCUGCUGGAGAAGCUGAGGGUGACCAGGAGGCCGGAGGGGGAGGCCACCUUCAACGUCUUCUACUACAUGAUGGCGGGAGCAGACAGCUCUCUCAGGACGGAGCUGCACUUCAACCACUUUGCGGAGAACAGCGCGUUCGGAAUCGUGCCUGCGUCUAAGCCUGAAGACAAGCAGAGGGCGUCGCAGCAGUUCACCAAGCUGCAGGCGGCCAUGAAGGUGCUGGGAAUCACGGGAGAGGAGCAGAGGGCCUUCUGGCUCAUCCUGGGGGCCAUUUACCACUUAGGGGCCGCAGGGGCCACCAAAGCCGGCCGCAAGCAGUUCGCGCGCCACGAGUGGGCGCAGAAGGCGGCCUACCUGCUGGGCUGCACUCUGGAGGAGCUCUCCUCCGCCAUCUUCAAGCACCAGCCCAAGGGGGCGCUGCACAAGUCCGCCUCCUUCCGCCAGGGGCCCGACGACUCGGGCUCCGGGGACGGCUCAGGCUCCAAGUUCACGGCCCUGGAGUGUCUGGAGGCCAUUGCGGCCAGCUUGUACUCCGAGGUCUUCACCCUGCUCAUCUCCCUCAUCAAUCGAGCUCUGAAGUCCAGCCAGCACUCGCUGUGCUCGCUGCUGAUCGUGGACACGCCCGGGUUCCAGAACCCGCGGCUGGCCAAACGCGACCGCGGCGCCACCUUCGAGGAGCUGUGCCACAACUACGCCCAGGAGCGGCUGCAGACGCUCUUCCACGAGCGCACCUUCACCCAGGAGCUGGAGCGCUACAAGGAGGAAAACAUAGAGCUUGCUUUAGAUGAUGUAGAGCCAAGCUCAUCACUGUCUGUAGCUGCUGUAGACCAAGCAUCGAGUCAAGCGCUGGUGCGGACCAUGGCUCGGACGGACGAGGCUCGGGGCCUGCUCUGGCUGAUGGAGGAGGAGGCCCUGCAGCCCGGCGGCUCGGAGGACAGCCUCCUGGAGCGGCUCUUCAGCUACUACGGCCCGGCCGAGGGGGAGAGCAAGGGCCACACCUUGCUGCUGAAGAGCGAGAGGCCGCAUCACUUCCUGCUCGGGCACAGCCACGGGACGGACUGGGUGGAGUACGACGCGCGGGGCUGGCUCGGCCACGCCAAGCAGAACCCCGCCUCCCUGAACGCAGCCAGUCUAUUGCAGGACUCGCAGAAGAAGAACAUCAGCGGCCUGUUCGCGGGGCGCACGGGCGGGGCGGCGGUGCUGUCGGGCUCCAUCGCCGGGCUGGAGGGCGUGUCCCAGCUGGCCCUGCGCCGCGCCACCAGCAUCAGGAAGACCUUCACCACCGGGGUGGCCGCCGUCAAGAAGAAGUCCCUCUGCAUCCAGAUCAAGCUGCAGGUGGACGCCCUGCUGGACACGGUGCGGAGGUCCAGGGUGCACUUCGUGCACUGCCUGCUGCCCAAGGCGGACGCGCUGAGCGGGGACGGCAGGCUGGCGGGCGGGCCGUCCCCCCGGGGCGGGGAGGGCGAGCCGUACGGGGAGAACUGCGACUCGGGGCUCAUGCAGCUGGACGUGGCCCUGCUGCGGGCGCAGCUGCGCGGCUCCAAGCUCCUGGACGCGCUGAGGAUCUACAGGCAAGGUUACCCGGAUCACAUGGUGUUCUCCGAGUUCCGCCGGCGUUUCGACGUGCUGGCGCCCCACCUGACCAAGAAGCACGGGCGGAACUACAUCGUGACGGACGAGAAGAGAGCCGUGGAGGAGCUGCUGGAGUCCUUGGACCUGGAGAAGAGUAAUUAUCACAUGGGAUUGAGCAGGGUCUUCUUCCGGGCUGGCACGUUGGCGAAGCUGGAGGAGCAGAGGGAUGAGCAGACGAGACGCAACAUCACCCUGUUCCAAGCGGCCUGCCGAGGCUACCUGGCCAGGCAGUCUUUCAAGAAGAGGAAGAUCCAGGAGCUGGCCAUCCGCUGCAUCCAGAAGAACAUACAGAAGAACCGGGGGGUGAAGGGCUGGCCCUGGUGGAAGCUCUUCACCACCGUGAGGCCGCUCAUCCAGGUGCAGCUCACCGAGGAGCAGAUCCGCGGGAAAGACGAGGAGAUCCAGCAGCUGAAGGGGAAGCUGGAGAAGGUGGAGAAGGAGAGGAACGAGCUGAGACUCAACAGCGACCGUCUAGACAACCGGAUCACGGAGCUGUCGACGGAGCUGGCGGACGAGAGGAACGCGGGCGAGUCGGCCUCGCAGCUGCUGGAGACGGAGACCUCGGAGAGGCUGCGCCUGGAGAAGGACAUGAAGGACCUGCAGGCGAAGUUCGACGCCAUGAAGAAGCACGUGGGCUCCAUGGAGAUGGAGGUGAUGGAGGCCCGGCUCAUCCGGGCAUCCGAGCUCAACGGCGAGAUGGACGACGAAGACGACGACUCUGGAGGCGAGUGGAGGCUGAAGUACGAGCGGGCGAUCCGGGAGUCCGAGUUCGUGAAGAAGAGGCUGCAGCAGGAGUGUGACGACAAGGUGGAGGCGGAGCAACAGAGCAAACGGCAGCUGGAGAGACGGCUGACUGACCUGCAGGCUGACAGUGAGGAGGUGCAGCGCUCUGUGCAGCAGCUGAAGAAGAAGUGCCAGAGGCUGACAGCCGAGCUGCAGGACACCAAGCUGCACCUGGAGGGACAGCAGAGCCGCAACCACGACCUGGAGAAGAAGCAGAGGAAGUUCGACUCGGAGCUGGCGCAGGCCCAGGACGAGGCGCAGCGGGAGAGGACCCUGCGGGAGAAGCUGUGCCGGGAGAAGGACAUGAUGACCGGGGAGCUGUUCAGCCUGCGGCAGCAGCUGGAGGGUAAGGACACGGAGAUGUGCACGGUCAGCCUGAAGGUGGAGCAGCUGGAGGCGGAGCUCCAGGACCUCUCCUCCCAGGAGUCCAAGGACGAGGCCUCGCUGGCCAAGGUCAAGAAGCAGCUGCGUGACCUUGAGGCCAAGGUCAAGGACCAGGAGGAGGAGCUGGACGAGCAGGCCGGGACCAUCCAGAUGCUGGAGCAGGCCAAGCUGCGGCUGGAGAUGGAGAUGGAGAGGCUGAGGCAGACCCACUCUAAGGAGAUGGAGAGCAAGGACGAGGAGGUGGAGGAGAUCCGGCAGUCCUGCAGCAAGAAGCUGAAGCAGAUGGAGGUGCAGCUGGAGGAGGAGUACGAUGACAAACAGAAGGUGCUUCGCGAGAGGAGGGACCUGGAGUCUAAGCUGCUGUCGGCCCAGGACCAGGUGGGCCAGCGCGACGUGGAGACGGAGAAGCGCCUGAAGAAGGACCUGAAGCGCACCAAGGUCCUGCUGGGCGACGCCCAGAUCAUGCUGGACCACCUGAAGAACAACGCCCCGAGCAAGCGGGAGAUCGCCCAGCUCAAGAACCAGCUGGAGGAGUCUGAGUUCACCUGCGCGGCAGCCGUCAAGUCCCGCAAGUCCAUGGAGGUGGAGAUCGAGGACCUGCACCUCCAGAUGGACGACAUUUCCAAAGCCAAGAUGUCGCUGGAAGAGCAGGUGAGCCGGCUGCAGAGGGAGAAGAACGACCUGCAGUCUCGCCUGGAGGAGGACCAGGAGGACAUGAACGAGCUGAUGAAGAAGCACAAGGCCGCCAUCUCCCAGUCUACUCGCGACCUGGCUCAGAUCAGCGACCUGCAGGCUCAGCUGGAGGAGGCCAUGAAGGAGAAGCAGGAGAUCCAGGAGAAGCUCCAGUCCCUGCAGAGCCAGCUGGACUUCCAGGAGCAGUCCAUGGUGGAGAAGUCCCUGGUCAGCCGGCAGGAGGCCAAGAUCCGCGAGCUGGACACCAAGCUGGAGUUUGAGAGGACCCAGGUCAAACGCUUGGAGAGCCUGGUGGCGCGGUUGAAGGAGAACCUGGAGAAGAUGACGGAGGAGCGGGACCAGCGCAGCAGCGGGGAGAACCGGGAGAAGGAGCAGAACAAGCGCAUGCAGAGGCAGCUCCGCGACAUCAAGGAGGAGACGGGCGAGCUGGCGAAGAAGGAGGCCGAGGCCAGCCGCAAGAAACACGAGCUGGAAAUGGACAUCGAGAGCCUGGAGGCGGCCAAUCAGAGCCUGCAGGCCGAUCUCAAGCUGGCCUUCAAGAGGAUCGGCGACCUGCAGGCGGCCAUCGAGGACGAGAUGGAGAGCGACGACAACGACGACCUCAUCAACAGUCUGCAAGACAUGGUGACAAAGUAUCAGAAAAGGAGGAAUAAGACCGGGGACGACUCCGAGACGGAUUCCGAGGUGGAGGGCCGCGUGGACGGGGUCAAGUCAUGGCUCUCCCGAAACAAGGGCUCCUCCUCCAAGAACCUGUCGGACGACGGCAGCCUGAAGAGCACCAGCCCGCCCACCUACAGGAGGCACUUCAGCCUGCCCAGAUCUGAUGAGGAAGAGGAGGAGGAGGAUAAAGAGGGGGCCGCGGCCCUGGGGGCCUACCGUUCACACUCGCGCCGCAGCACCGUGGACGACAGCGACGGCGAAGGCAGGCUGUCCGAGACCACGGCGUAGCGCUUUAACCCCGCCCACACCCCCCCACACCCCCACACCCCCACACCCCACCCCACCCCACCCCACGGACACACCCUCCAAGCAGAACGGCAAAUGGACAGACAGACAGACAGCCGGGAGCCGGACUCAUCCUGUUCCCCUCCCUUUCCCGCAUUUCGGUACCCAGCCGGGACAGUACACACCCCAGCUUCUCGUCCGAGUCGACGCGAGAGGGACAGCCUCUUCUUCGCUACAGUGCAGCGCUCAACCUGCUCUGUCAUUCAGACUCCUGAACCGGUGCGCCUCCUGAACCCCUGAAUGUAGCACAGCUUUGGUUUUUUUAGGCUAGAGCUUUACAGGACUAAAGCCUGGUCGUAGUGCUCCCUGGAAUUCCUGGAAUUGUUUGUGUGGAUGCAGGAUGUCCCCUGUGCCCCCCCAGUCCUGACUCCCUCCCCAUCUGCUUCCCUUUUACCUCUCCCCCGCCUCCUCAGUCAACGCCUUUUUACUGCUAAACUACCGGUAAGAAUAGCCCCCUCCGCCAUCGUCCUUAGGAGAACCGCUUGGCUAAACCUGCUGCUAGCCUUCUCCAUUACCCUUGGUACUGAGCCAAAGAACUCCGGGUUACUUAGCUUGCAGAUUGCGGGGGACUGUUUCAGCUGCGAAAGUACUAAAAUAUUUAUUAAAUGAAAGAUGAUGGUUUUAAAAUAAUAAUAAAAAAAUAUACCAAACUGCCUUUUGUUGCAAGCGCACGUGUUCAGUGUGUCACAGCCUGUUCUGCUCCUUACCCUCGCCAGCCACGGGAGAGGUACCACAGAGUUUCAUUUGGGUUUCCCUUCAUGCUGGGUUUCCCUCAGCUUUGAGUAAAAAGGCCCACCAACCGCUCUCAGCUCUGCUCUUACAGAAAUAUUCUCUACUGAGAUAAGUAUAAUCGUCCCAGAAUGUGGAAACUGGAAAAAAAAAAAAAACUUUUAAUUUCUUUAAAAACACUAUAAUCUUUUUUUUUUGGUGUGUGGAUGUUUUCCUUUCCUUUUUUUUUUUAAAGAUGUGAUUUUGCUCGCUAUGAGUUCUGCGGAGGAAAUUUGGUUUUUGUUCCAGUUUAUGCCUUUAUGCGGCCGAGUACUUGCCUCUUCCCAGUACUGGCAGGAAUGGUUUUGGUGAGAGACUUUGGCUCAGCUCUGUGCUUGUCCUCUUGCUUGUUUUCUCAUGUAUGUUGUUUCAUUUGGUUUCCAAAGGGAUUGUACUUGAUAUUGGGUGCAGCGGUGCUUUGUAGUGGUUAUUUUCUAUGUUUCUUUACCUCUGCUUUUGUGGUGGAUAUUUACUGGAAUGGGAUUUCUUUUAGGCGUUAUUCUGCAGGAUUCUAAAUUAAGCACGUUGCCUGUUGUACACCACUGAACAGAUCCCAGGCUUUUGGUGCGGAUUAACUACAUAGCAGAUAUUUUACUGUGAGAUCCUUUGAAAAAAUCCUCAAACUAUAUUGUCAUGUAGGAUUGACCAGUAUUUUGGCCUUACUGUGGAACUAUAGUGCUAUUUUUUAAAAACCGUUCACUAAGAAGAAAAAGUUAUCAUUUCUGUUUUGGCUGCUUGUUUAAUACCAUUUUGUUGCCCUUUGUGAAUUAGCAUCCAUGCAUUUAGUGAAUCUGCCAAAAUGCGAAAUAUAUUUAAAUAGAGUUUAAUGUGAGAAUGGGGGGAUUUCGCUGAACCUCUGUGUGUUUGUGUACACUUAGGCGUGUGUGCGCGCGUUUGAAUAUGUGUGGCAGUGCGUGGGUUCGUGCUUGCUUGUGUGCGUGCGUGCGUGCGUGCGUGCGCGUGUGUGUGCAUGUCCAUGUCAGUGCGUGUGUACACAAGCGUGUGCAUGUAUAUUGAAGGAGUACCCGUGUGUGUGGCGCAUGCUGUGUGUAGAUCUGUAUUCUGCACUUAUCCCAGAAGGUCUAUUUCUUCCCCUUUUCUAUGCAUUAAAUAUUAACUCUAAUAUGAAAUGCGUUAUGGUUUUAUGAUGCUUGUAGACUGCAAUGACGAAAAAGGAAAUUCAUAUAUACUUGUGUUACAGAUUAAACAUUACUGGCUCUGGCUGUACACAUUUAUAUAUAUAUGAUUCAUUCUAGCUUUCAAAUGGUUCAUGUUUAUAUUUCUUUAUUGGACACAUGUCCCCUUGUUAUAGUAACAAUUUUGCAUUAGAGAGUUUUAUUGUAAAUAAAUUAUGGUAAUUGUUCUGGUGUUGUUUUCAAGUGGUUUUCCGUUAUUGUGUGACACACUUAUACCGAAGUUUGAAGUUUAAUUAAGUACAUAACAGUUAAUUUCCUUCACAGGCACAUUUUGUUUGUUAUUCAUAUUUCUGGAAGGUGUAUUUUAUAAAGAAAAAAAAAUUAAAACCACGUCUGAUGAGCAUAUUAUUAAAAAGGGCAGGUGGUUUUUCUGUCUUUAUGAAUUCAUUACACUCCUAUGAUUUUUUUAACCUAUUUAUUGGGUCGAGCGCAUCGGUGGCUUGUGGAGUUGAGCCGUUUCCCGAGAGAAAAGUCAAUACAAAAAUAAAUAUUGCCUUAAUUCAGUAUGA